GUAGAGGUAAACAAGAAAAAAACAUCGUCUAAUUAAAAUAAAGUCGUGUUCUGUUACAUGAGUACAUUUUCGAGUGAAGUGUAUAAAAAGUGCAGGUACAGGAGCACACUACAUGUACAGUAGAUAUCGAGACCCUGCGUGAAAGAAGGUAGAGACUGGAGUUGCAACAACAUGGAAGGUAUCUUUGCGAUAUAUUGCAUCCUGUUGGUAGUUCAGGUUCAAGGACACUACUGGACCAGCUGGUUUGACCGCGACGACCCAUCAGGGACUGGAGAUUGGGAAACUUUAUCUGACCAAAAGGCAUUAGGGGAAGUGUGUGGAGUUAAUUGCAACCCCAUAGCUGCAGAGUGCCGUGUUAAGGGAACCAACACUGUGUUCACUCGCUGGGCCGGUACAGCUCCGGACAAACUUUUGUACCACUGCCUGCCCUCUAAGGGCCUGGCCUGCCGCAACGCCGACAACCCCGUAAUCUGCAAAGACUAUGAGAUAAGAUACAAGUGUCCGUCUACCAGCACUACGUGGACAUCCUGGUUAGACAGAGACGACCCCAGCGGUACUGGGGACUGGGAACAUGUUGGGAAAACCGGAUUUAAUCCUUGCUCCAACAACGAUCCAAUCAAGAUCGAGUGCCGCGUCAAGGGAACCAAUCAGCCUUGGGACCAAGCGGGUCAGGUGAUCAGGACCAAGUGCACGCCCUCUGAGGGAUUCGUCUGCGUGAACGCCGACCAGCCGAGUGGGGAGACUUGCAAAGAUUACGAAGUCCGCUUCAUUUGCCCAUAGCUCUGCCCAUGCAACCCAAAAUGUGUCUAAUAAAUAAAUCACAGACAUGUGCUUCAUGUAGUAGUGCCCUGAUAUCUCGUCGAUUUAAGUCAUGUCGUCUUAAAAAAUUAACUAGCAAAUAAUAUGCAAUCGACGUUUUAACCAUGUAGAAAUUGGUUUCAAAUUCCCUUUGCUUUCAUUUCGAAAAAAAAUAUCCAAAUUUAUGCGGCAAUAAAUUGUAGAAUUUAAACAGUAAA